UCUCUAAGAAAACCCUCCCUCUAUUCUCUCUUCUUCCCUCACGUGUUCCUCCAUCCUUCACCUCAAUUCAUCUAAUUCUUCUCAAAUCAAGUGGAAAUCAACAUGCAAUCCCAUUUUCACACUCCAAUUGGCAAACUAAACUAGAAUCCAACUUUAAAUUUCUUCCCCUCCCUUUUAUUCCUCUCAGCUGAACCCUCUUUAAGAAAGAAAAUUGGAAAAGUUCAUUGUUUAAGCUCAUCAAAAACAUUGCAUGUUAAGCCUGGCUGAUUUGUUGCGUUGUUUGGUUGCUGCAAGAGCUUGGGUACUAACUACUAACUAUGGGUGAUUCAUUCUCUAAAGGAAGUAGUUGAAGUGGAAGGUUGAGAGAAAGCUAGGGCUUUAUCAAGGAAGUUGACGCAUAAGCUAAAAGUUGAAAUUUAAGCUGAACUAAGUUGUUCUGAGACUAGAGCUGGUACAAAGGUUAUGGGUGAUCAAAAAGGGUUUCAUGGGGAUAUUAGAAGUGGUUUUUGCUGCUAUUUGGAAUGAGAACAAGUAAACAGAAGCAAGAAUCAAUGAUUGAGCUAGAAAAUUUAGAGAAAGAAACAAUAAAAUGGUGUAGGGGGAUACUCAGGAAUAGCUGAACCGCAAUUCAGGUUCUCAAGGCAGCUAUUAAUGCAGUCGAUGAUGGGCACGCCAGACUUCAGGAUGCAAAGCUUGUUGUUGUUGAAAAAAGAGUAAGAAAGAUAGCUCCGAUUCUGACGAUGAAGAUGAUGAUAGAAGCUCUGAAGAAGAGAAGAAACUUGUGGCUGCUAAGAAAGAGGAACCACUUGUGCUACAGUUCUUAUCCGAGUAAUAUUUACGGAAGGAUGCAAAUCAGUAGCAGCUGGAAUGAAUGCAAUGGAUUUGAGGCGAGGUGUAUAAAUAUGGAUGUUGAUGUUGUUGUGACAAACUUGAAAAGCAGAGUACGAAUGAUCGACACUUCUGAAGAAAUAGCUCAGAAUAUUGUCUUCGAUGCUCCAACCCAGUCACUGAACCUUGAGAAGGUUGAUACAUUUGUAAUGGGAGGGAAAGCCUAUUAGUUAGUUUUUUUGUAAUGGAGGAAUGCUAAGCAUUCUUCUAAAAUGCUGAAGCAAAGAAGUAUUUGGAAGCAAAGAAGUAUUUGGAAAAAAUUUCUUGAUGAAAAAAAGUUUAUGCUAACUAUUGAAAGCAAUGUGGGUUAUGAGAGUAAAUAAAUAUAUAGGCUGUUGAUGUUGAUUAACUAGAGUUGACUAAAGAGCUUGCAAAUAUGCAGGAUCGUUGUAAUCAAUGAAAAUUGCAUUAGGUACAGCUAAGGGACUAGCUUUCCUUCAUGAAGCAGAUAAACUUGUAAUAUAUAGGGAUUUCAAAAAUUCAAAUAUAUUACUGGACUCGGUA